AUGGAUCCGUCCAUUCCUCCUGACCAAAUGCCCGCUGGUGUACCUCCGCCUGGAAUUGUGCCCAACUUUGUCGAUCCUCCUAGCAAUACACAGGCCAUUAUCGUCCUAAACGCGGUUCUGAUACCGAUUACAACGAUCUUUGUGGUUACACGCCUAUGGUCAAACUUACAUACUGUUCGCAGGGUAGGUUGGGACGAUGCUAUGAUCUUCACAUUUACUACGGCAGGUCUAAAUAUCGAUGGUAAGUUCAACCAGCUUCCAUGCCACCACAAAGUAGCCUUACCCAACACCUUUCAAGCAGCAAAAUAUGCCCGGCAUAUAUGGGAUAUUCCACUCAGCUGGAUCAACGCUGCAUAUCUAAAGAAAGCUAGUAUUAGAUAUUCACUCAGCACCGUGACCACCUUAUUCGCGAAGAUGGGCAUACUGUUGCUAUACCUCCGCAUAUUCACCAUCAACAGAACAUACAGAUGGCUGAUCUAUGCUGGCAUGAUUGGCGACUUCUGUCUUUACGCUCCUUGCCCAUUUCUCACCUACGUCUUUUGUACACCAAAAUCCGCAGAUUGGAGUUUGCUCAAUUCCCAAGCAUGUAAGGAUACACUCACAUGGUUUCUUGCGCAAGCAGUCCUGGUGGUGGUUCUCGACCUUUACAUUCUCAUUUUACCUAUUCCAAUGGUCUUGCGCCUGAACCUUUCUCGGAGAAAAAAGAUAGGUGUCGUUAGCGUCUUUGCAACUGCCUCGAUUGGUGUCAUAGCCUCGGUAAUAACACUAGUGUUUCGCCAGAGAUUAUGGAAAUCUACCGACCUGCUUUGGGAUGUUGCUUACCAGUUCAUCUUCAUAGCAAUUGAAAACUAUCUUGCUAUUAUCGUUUCGUCCAUGCCGGCCUUUGCCGCCUUCUUCAAGACUUUCGUCGCUAAUUCCAUAAUGUUGCAAUCCUUUGCGUCCCGAUUGAUAGCGAACUCACCUAGCCUGUCGGUUGGGUUCUUCAAGAACUCUUCAGUCAGCCGAAGCAAGCGAUACGCAUCUCGCCAGAGUUUCAGCCUCGGGCCUUAUUCCAGCAACAAAUCAGACAGCAUAUCAAACCUCCGAGAGCCGCCAGAUACCACGAUCCCCAUUUCCGCCGUUGCCGAGGAAUGGGAGGAGGACAAUGGAACUUAUUUCAUGCUUAGCAAACGCAUUGCUGGUGAGCCACUAAACACUGCGUGGGCAGAAAUGUCAAGAGAUGAGAGAGAGCGUGUCGCGAAACAAACUGCCGAUCUGUUGCUCGAGCUUCGAGAGCCGCAGGCGCCCCUGAUGCAGAGUUUGGACGGACAACCAUUGUAUUCAGCCUUUCUGUUUCCCAAUGGUUAUGGCCUUCCACACGGACCGCUAUCUUCGGAUCAUGAGCUUUGGGCGGAGGUGAUAAACGCAUUGGAGGGUGUGCCUGACAAAGCUUGUCAGCAGCUACGAAGACGUAUGCCUUCUGCAGCACCAUACACCUUUACCCAUGGGGACUUGACAGAUGUGAACAUUAUGGUCGAGAACAGUGAUCUAACUGGGAUCCUUGAUUGA